AUGAGAGAGAGAGAAGAACAACAUAAAACAGAAACAGACAGACUGAUGAACAGAAUAGAGAAUGAGCGAAAGAAAAGAGAAGAUGAAUUUAAUGAGAGAGAAGAACAAUAUAAAAGAGGAAUGAACAAAAAAGAAGAACUGAUGAAGCAACAUGAAGAAGAGAAAGAGAGAAAUGGUUACAAAACACCAAUGAAAGAGAAAGAAGAACUGAUGAAGAAACGUGAAGACGAGAAAGAGAGAAUGAAGAUGAUGAUGGAGGAAGAACAACAGAAUCAGGACAAAGAGAGAAAGAGGAGAGAAGAAUUAAUCAGAGAAAGAGAAGAACAAUAUAAAACAGAAAUGAAAGAAAAGGAGCAGCAGAUACGAGAGGAAAUGAAAAUAGAACAAGAGAUGUUAAAAAAUGAAAUGAGGCAAGAAAAGGAGAAUAUGAAGAGAGAAAAAGAAAAUCUACAGACCAAAUACGAAACAGAAAUGGAAAGAAUGAAAGAGAGAAAUGAUGAAGAGAGAAAGAGAAGAGAAGAAGAGUUUAUGGAGAGAGAAGAACAAUAUAAAAUACUAAUAAAAGAGAAAGAAGAGAGUGAGGAAAAGAUGUGCAAGGAGAUGAAGAGAGAACGAGAGGAAUGGGAGAAACAGAAACUAGAGGAAGAGACGAGAAGAGAAGAAGAGGAUGAGAAAAGAAGAGAGAAAGAACAGAGAGUUCAUGAUGAAUUUAAUCAGAGACUGAAAGAAGUACGAGAGAGAAAGAAAAGAGAGAAAGAAGAUCUUCAGUCUAAACAUGAAGAAGAAGACAAGAUGAAGAUCCUGAUGGAGAAACUGAAGAUAGAAAGAGAAGAACUGAUGAAGAAACAUGAAGAAGAGAAAGAGAGAAUGAAGAUGAUGAUGGAGGAAGAACGACAGAAUCAGGACAAAGAGAGAAAGAGAAGAGAAGAGGAAUUCAGAGAGAGAGAAGAACGAUAUAAAAGACUAAUAAAAGACAGAGAGGAAAAGGAGAAUGAAAUGCUUGAACAGAUUAAACUAGAACGAAUGCAAUGGGAGAAAGAAAAACUAGAUGAAAUACAGAAAAAGGAAGAAGAGAAGAAGAAAAGAGAAGAAAAACAAAAAUCGGAACUACACAAGAAACAACAAUGUCCAGUUAGUGAUCACACAAAGAGUAGGUUGAACUUCAUACCUCAAUUUACAUUUACAUUUACAUUUACAUUUAAUAAUUUAGCAGAUGCUUUUAUCCAAAGCGACUUACCAAUGAGGAGAACAAAAGAAGCAAUCAAAUCAACAAGAGGGCAACAGUAUGCAAGUGCCAUGACAAGUCUCAGUUAGUCUAGCAUAGUACACAAAGUU